AUGCAAUAAGCUAUGGAGAGAAAAUCAUCAAGAUCAAUUCAACUAAGUCAAAAUAAUCUCGAUGAAUCCAAUAAAUCAACAUUUUAUGAAAUUUGGGAUAAGAAUGAUGGUUUGGAUUCGCCAAUGUCUCCAAAAAUUAAACUUCCUGGUGAUUAUUAACCAAAAUUUAUACACUCAGUAAGAAACCAAUCCAAGAGAGGUUCAGAAAUAAAUUGA